UUCCAUGAAACUCAUCAUCAGCCUUUCCAGUUCCAAAUAUAUAUAUAUAUCUCCACCCACCAUUUUUGCUCCUUUUAUUUCCAAACCUCUCUGAAUCACAGCCAUGGCUGCCAAAGAACAAGGCAAGCCCCUAGCCCCAGCCAACUCAUACCAUCUCCGCAGUGAUGAAGAAGAAGUUAUCGUCUCCUCACACACAAAGCUCUGCCAAAGAAAAUAUGUAAUGUGCUGUGGCUGUGUCUCGGCUCUCUUCUUAAUCAUAGCCGUAACAGCCAUAGUUCUGGGGUUCACGGUGUUUCACGUAGAGGGCCCGAGGAUCAAGAUGAAUGAUGUCACAAUCCAACAACUGGAGUUUGCCAACGGAGCCCUACGCUUGGAUACUAAUGUGACACUCCUAGCUGAUGUCUCGAUCAAGAACCCUAACGUGGCAUCUUUCAAGUAUGGGAACACAACCACCAGGGUUUACUACAACGAGACUGAGGUGGGCCAGGGGAGGACUCCGGCAGGGGUGGCAAAGGCGAGGAGGACGAUGAGGAUGAACGUGACGGUGGAUAUUGUUCCUGGGGAGAUCUCGGCGGUGCCGGGGUUCAUAAAGGAGGUGGCAUCAGGGAAGUUGACGGUGAGCACUUAUACAAGGAUUGAAGGUAAGGUGAAAAUUCUUAUGGUCAAUAAAAAUGUGGUGGUUGAAUUGAAUUGUAAAAUGACGUACAAUUUUGCAAGCAAAGAGAUUGAAGGAGAGGACUGCAAGCGAAGGGUUAGUCUUUGAGUAUUACGAUUCACAGAAUCACAGGUUGCUAAAAGAGCAGUCGUUGUAUUAAAAUUCUGGUCUCUCUUUUUUUUUUUUCUUUGUCGAAGCAAUUUUUUUUCUGUAUGCGCUGUAUAUGAUAGAAUAUCAGAUGAGCAAGUCCAAAGGGAAGAUUUGAGAUCCCAAUUACCGAUUAAGUAUGUAAUUACAAUUGAAUUAUGGUUGAAUUAGAUGUCAAUUAUUA